GCCACCAGAUGUCGCUCAAUCUUAAUAACUGUCUUGAGGAAAACCAUCGAAUGAGUGCUAGAUCCAAACAGGGAAUUGUAGUUUUGAUAGCUCUUUCAGUCUGUGGAUUAAUCUGCGUGUUUUUCGAGCUCUUUAUGAAUAUCAGUGUGUAGAGUGCAGUCUGUGGAUCGGUUCAGUGGCUCGUGUGUGUGUUUGAGUGUGAACUAAAAGCUGAUCUUCUGGACUGAUCUGGAGCUUCCGCGCGCGCCCCUCCCGCUCACACGCUACCCAUAAGCCCUCGCGCGCGUCCAUUCUUCUCUCCAUCCAACAUGUCCAUGACGGAGGGUCCGUUAAACGUGCUCGGCCAGAGGACGACCGGCGAGUCCGUCAGGACUCAAAACGUCAUGGCCGCCGCAUCCAUCGCUAAUAUCGUGAAGAGCUCUCUCGGUCCCGUCGGACUGGACAAGAUGUUGGUGGAUGACAUCGGAGACGUGACCAUCACCAAUGAUGGAGCCACCAUCCUGAAGCUGCUGGAGGUGGAGCACCCGGCAGCUAAGGUCCUCUGUGAGCUAGCAGAGCUGCAGGACAAGGAGGUUGGAGAUGGCACAACAUCAGUGGUGAUCAUCGCCGCCGAGCUGCUGAAGAGUGCAGAUGAGCUGGUCAAACAGAAGAUCCACCCCACCUCCAUCAUCAGUGGAUACAGACUGGCCUGCAAGGAGGCAGUCAGAUACAUCAAUGAGAACCUGACCAUCAGCACUGAUGACUUGGGCAGAGAGUGUCUCAUCAAUGCUGCCAAGACCUCCAUGUCCUCCAAGAUUAUUGGAGUUGAUUCAGAUUUUUUUGCUAAUAUGGUGGUGGACGCUGCCCUGGCUGUGAAGUUUGUUGAUGGUAAAGGUGUUGCUCGCUAUCCCAUCAACUCUGUGAAUGUGCUGAAGGCUCAUGGACGCAGCCAGAAGGAGAGUUUCCUGGUCAACGGAUAUGCUCUGAACUGCACUGUCGGAUCUCAAGGAAUGGUGAAGCGUGUGUCCAAUGCCAAGAUAGCCUGUCUGGACUUCAGCCUGCAGAAAACCAAGAUGAAACUGGGUGUUCAGGUGGUCAUCAGUGAUCCGGAGAAACUGGACCAGAUCAGACAGAGGGAGUCGGACAUCACGAAGGAGCGCAUUCAGAAGAUCCUGGCGUCGGGAGCGAAUGUGAUUCUGACCACCGGGGGCAUUGAUGACAUGUGUCUGAAGUACUUUGUAGAUGUCGGAGCCAUGGCUGUGAGGAGGGUGCUCAAGAGGGACCUCAAACGCAUCGCCAAAGCUACUGGGGCCACGGUGUGCUCGUCUCUGUCUAACCUGGAGGGAGAGGAGACGUUUGAGGUGACCAUGCUGGGUCAGGCUGAGGAGGUGGUGCAGGACCGAGUGUGUGACGACGAGCUCAUCCUCAUCAAGAACACGAAGGCACGCACGUCUGCCUCUAUCGUCUUGCGUGGGGCGAAUGACUUCAUGUGUGAUGAAAUGGAGCGCUCCCUGCAUGACGCCCUGUGUGUGGUCAAGAGGGUGCUGGAGUCCAAAUCUGUGGUACCAGGAGGAGGCGCUGUCGAGGCUGCACUGUCCAUUUAUCUGGAGAACUACGCCACAAGCAUGGGUUCCCGUGAGCAGCUGGCUAUUGCUGAAUUUGCUCGCUCUCUGCUCGUCAUUCCUAAAUCUCUGGCAGUCAACGCCGCACAAGACUCCACCGACCUGGUGGCCAAACUCAGAGCCUUCCACAAUGAGGCUCAGGUCAACCCUGAACGCAAGAACCUCAAAUGGAUCGGGUUGGACCUGCUAAAUGGAAAGCCAAGAGACAACAAGCAGGCAGGAGUGUAUGAACCCACGAUGGUUAAAACCAAGAGUCUGAAGUUUGCCACUGAGGCAGCCAUCACCAUCCUUCGAAUCGAUGAUCUCAUCAAGCUCUUCCCUGACCAGAAAGAGGGCGGGCCCUCCUACCAGGAUGCUGUCCAAUCAGGAUCUCUGGAGGGAUAAGUCCAGCUGCAUCACAUCUUUAAUUGGCUGGUCUUGUGUCGCUCCACUCAAGCCUUUAUAUUUAUAUGUGGAUCCAACUGAUGAGCCUUUAGUGUAGUAUGUGCACUUUGUUUACGCUACUUAUGUUUUGCUUUUAACAUGACUUGGUUGUCAUGUGUAAUGUAACAAAUGCUCCUUUUUCUGCCAUUUCAAAGACAAUAAACCAGAAUGGUGUUAAAA